UUCAGGCAUUCAGGCUUCGAAGAUGGAAGUUCUGAAACACUUCCCAGAAGAUUUCUCAGAAGCAUUACAAACCAGCUUCUUUAUUUUGAGUUUUUUUAAUAUCAGAUACUUGCAGGAUGAACUCUCAUUUAUACAGAAGAACUGGCGUUUCAGCUACUUAGUCCUAAUUGUGAUCAUCCAUGUAGUCACCCUGGGUCUUCAUCUACCAGAGCUAGUAACGGGAGACGAGAUGUCACAGUUUGCUUAUUUGAUUCCUUCUAUUUUGGUUACUGUGCAUGCUAUCUUCAAGUGUUUUGUUUUGCUACCAAAAACAAAAGAAGUAUCCACAUUCUUAAGGGAACUAGGCUCACUUUGGAGGGUGAAGUUUACUGAAACACAGAAGCAAGAAAAGCAUAAACUACUUUGGAGACUCCAUUUGGUUAACAGAGUUAGCUACUGGAUAUCAAUAUUCGGGACGAGCCAAUACAUGCUGUCACCUUUAGUAGAAACGUUAAUCCGAAAGUUUAUACUAAGACAAGACAGCAAGCUGAUUCUACCAUUUGAUUCAGUCUACCCAUUCAACCCUACCAAGAAUUGGUUGAUUUAUAUCAUCACGUAUAUAUUCCAAUUUUAUUCUUUGUUUCUCCUAGUCACCGUAUACUCUGGCGCUUCAUUGAUAAUGGUAACAUCUUGUGGACUUCUAACGACAGAGUUUAUGAUGCUCAAAGACGAUCUAACUAGAGUAAAGCCUAGGAUGAAAAUAGGAAGAAAUAAAAAAUUAACAAAUGAUGAUGAUGAACCAACUAUAGAACAAUUUGUUGAACGACACCAGAAAUUGCUAAGGCUAUCUCGGCUGCUGGAUAACGCAUUCAACGGGAUGGUAUUCAUAGAUCUAUUGUUUGUUGGGAUCACGGUGUGCGCUUUCGGUUUCAUGGGACAGUUUACACGCAGUACCAUGUACAAGCUACUGAGUUACUUAGGAGUAGUCUCGUCUUUGCUGACCGUUUUGUAUUUAUGUUACUACGGCGAACAGCUUACAAGUGCGAGUGCGACCAUCGGGGAUAUGGCAUACGAGAAUUUGUGGUACAAAGGAGAGAAGCAAUACAAAAUGACUAUUUGGCUGAUCAUCAAAAUAGGACAAAACCCGUGUCGUCUUACAUCUCUACGCUAUGCUGAUGUUUCUUUGAACAUGUUUACAUCAGUAGUAAGUUCUACAUGGUCCUACUUCUCAUUGAUGAACAGCGUCUAUUCAGAGGAAGAAGAUUAA